GGCCGCCCUCCCCUGGCUUGUAAGUCUCUCUCGCCGCCUUCAUUGUGUUCUCCGGCGUUGUCUGUUCCAGAUGAUCACAAACGGGGGACGGGGCACUCUCCGCUCACCAAGUCCGGCUCGUCUCACUCACUAGGGUCCGGGCGAGCCCCAAGCGCCUUUGACCAAUCCAAAGCGAUUAUGCAAGACGGAGGACCAAUCAGCUCCGCCAGCUCAUGAAUAUUCAUAGACUUGGCUGAGUCAAAGCUUUUAGGCGAGUUUGUGUAGAUCCACGGCAUCAUGCUUAGACUUUUCAAAGAGACAAACUCCAUUUUCUUAUGAAUGGAAAGUGAAAAGCCCAGUUCCGCUUAAAUUGGGUUCUUUCCUGUCCUGAGAAACACAACAGACCCCAAAAAGGCACGCUGAAGAGAGAACACACACACAGACCAAGCGACAAGAAAUGACCAUGACUACCAUGCCAGAGAGUCUUAAUAGCCCUGUCUCAGGGAAGGCUGUCUUUAUGGAGUUUGGGCCACCCAGCCAGCAAAUGUCUCCUUCUCCCAUGUCCCACGGACACUAUUCCAUGCACUGUUUACACUCAGCUGGCCACUCUCAGCCUGACAGCUCGUACAGCACAGCUUCGUCCUUCUCCAGACCGCUGGGCUACCCCUAUGUCAACUCGGUCAGCAGCCACUCGUCUAACCCCUACAUCAGUUCAGUGCAAUCCUACCCCAACAGCUCCAGCCUGACUCAGACCCGGUUAGAGGAGACAGGGGCCGACUCGGAGAAAAGCACGGUGGUAGAAGGAGGGGAAGUUCGCUUUAAUGGGAAAGGGAAAAAAAUCCGCAAGCCCCGGACUAUUUAUUCCAGUUUGCAGUUGCAGGCUUUGAACAGGAGAUUCCAGCAAACUCAGUACUUGGCUCUGCCCGAGAGAGCCGAGCUCGCCGCCUCACUGGGACUCACCCAGACACAGGUGAAGAUCUGGUUCCAGAACAAGCGAUCUAAAUUCAAGAAGCUAAUGAAGCAGGGAGGGGCAGCUUUGGAAAGCGGCGCUCUGGCGAAUGGCAGGGCGCUCUCGGCCAGUUCGCCCCCAGGCCCCCCAGUGUGGAACACCACCUCGUCAUCGGGUAAGACCUCCACGGGGACCCCGGGCACUUACAUACCCAGCUACACAUCGUGGUACCCUUCAGCCCACCAAGAAGCUAUGCAGCAACCUCAGCUGAUGUGAUCACAAACCAGUUUCCCCAUUUCAAGCACUAUCGGCCCAGACAAAUAAAUAAAUCCAAUCAAUAAACAGAGGAAAGAAAGAGAGGGGGGAAAUAAAAAGAACGAACAACCGAGAAAAGGGUCUCUUGUCCAUAGAGCCAUUAACACUGCACCCUAGCGUGGUGCAGACAAGCACAGAUGUGAUGCGAGGCUGGUUCCCAACUGCUGACAGCUGACAGAGCAGCCAUUAGAUCAGCCGGAGAACAGCCUGGGAGCAGAGAGAAAAUCCGACCUUCAGCUUUGUGGGACAAUCAGAAAAAUAUGUUUGUAGAGGAAAAAAGCUCUCCUCUGUCCUGUCUGUCUGUCUGUGUCUAGCUGAUGAAAUGUAGGUCAUUUAUUUACUACCCCCACUCCUCUUUAACAGCAAUGCGAAAACAACCUGUACUAUAGCCAGAUAUUUUUCUUUGCAUUUUCCUGUACCCUUCACGACUCGUCUGUGUACAUUUUGAUUGUUGUUGUUAAAGGGAGAGAUGGGGAUUUAAUUUAUUGACAAAUUACCACUGUAAGAGUGCUAGAAACACAUGGACUAUCUGGUUUGCAAAGGGCACUGUUUCAACGCACAGUUUACUUUAAACAAAAUAAAACAAAAACAGCAAAAAGAAGGAUGUGAUUUUUAACUUUUACAAUAACUUUUAUACUUUGCUGGUGUGGAGAGGUUUGUUCCGAGUGGUCUGCAUUUUUCACAUCUCUAGUGUUAUUUAACAAAGAGAAGAAAUACACAUUAUUUAAUAUAGAAGUGGAAUCACGGCAGCUGUUGAUCGCUUUAAGUAAUGUAAAGAGACGGAAAGGAAGAAAACAGUUCCCUAUACUCAGCAAUUGGAAAGAGAUGGGAGGGAAGAAGAAUCCCAAUUGGCUCUAACGUGACACAAUGCAGCUUUAAACGAAAUCUUGAGGCUUUACCGCAGAAUGCCAAUCUGAAGUCUACAUGCGCUACUGAAGUGCAGGAUCUGAUCGCUGUACAUAUUUUAUUCUUGAUUAUUAUUAUUAUUAUUAUUGUUCUGUAAACAUGUUGCACAAAUUUAGCCUUUUUUCCGUUCCGUUUUGUGUGGCUGUAAAACAUGAUGCUUUGUGACCUGAGAUCUUGACAUUUGACUUGUGAAGUUCGGAAGAUGUGAUAAACUGAGAUCAGUUGUGUCUAGUGUUCUAUAUGUCAAAGUUUAGUUUUAUAUUGAGAAUGUUAACUUAUUGCUUUGUAUCUGGGGAAAAAACACAAAUCUUUGUACAUAAGUUAUAAAGUUUCUUUG